GAGAACGCGUCGAGACUUGACCGUUUUUUCUCUCUCUCGCUCCCUCUCGACCGUAAUCGCGUUAUUCGUAUCGCGCGCGCCCGACGAACGCGACAACCGCAGACCCGGCACAGGCCACAGAUGCGUUGCUGCAACCCGGACGCGUCCGCCGCCGACUAAACUGACAACGACUGAUAAAUCAUAGUUUAUAUUUUUAUAUUAUAUUUUUACAAUCUCAAGACACGUUUUUUUGUUUAAACGCGUCUGAAGUAGUUGUUUCCGAUCACAUUUCCACCGGUUUUGGUUUUUUUUUUUUUUUUGUUAAACACAACACACCUAUAUCAAUCGCAUCCAUCGCGCCCGUGGACGACGUACGCGAGUGCGCCGAACCCCCGUAGCCAUGGACAUGGACACCGACCGAUCGGACCCGUUCAUGAAAUACCUGGCCGUCGACCGGAAUCAGCUCAACGAUCAGCCCACACAGGCGGAAUGGACCCAGAAACGUCUGGUGUGGGUGCCCCACGACAGCCAGGGCUUCGUGUCGGCUGGCAUCAAAGGCGAGCGAGGCGACGAGGUCGAGGUGGAAAUCGCCGAGACCGGCAAGCGUGUGCUCGUCGACAAAGAUGUCAUACAAAAGAUGAAUCCGCCCAAGUUCGACAAGAGCGAAGAUAUGGCCGAGUUGACGUGCCUGAACGAGGCCUGCGUGCUGCACAACAUCAAGGACCGCUACUAUUCGGGCCUGAUAUACACAUAUUCUGGGCUUUUUUGUGUAGUGGUUAAUCCUUACAAGAGAUUACCUAUCUACACAGAAAACAUUAUGGAACGUUACAAAGGUAACAAACGACAUGAAGUACCACCACACGUAUUCGCAGUAACUGAUACUGCAUACAGAUCGAUGUUACAAGAUCGAGAAGAUCAGUCAAUACUGUGUACUGGAGAAUCAGGUGCUGGAAAAACCGAAAACACGAAAAAAGUUAUUCAAUACCUGGCUUACGUGGCCGCGUCUAAACCCAAAGGAGUGAUUCAACAUGCUUCACCUGGUCCAGCUUUAGUUGUUUGUAAUACUAAUGUUAGUUAUGAGGGUGAACUAGAACAACAGCUGUUGCAAGCUAAUCCCAUUUUAGAAGCAUUUGGUAAUGCAAAAACUGUGAAAAAUGACAAUUCUUCUAGAUUUGGUAAAUUUAUUCGUAUUAAUUUUGAUGCCUCUGGUUUCAUUGCUGGUGCUAACAUUGAAACAUACUUAUUGGAAAAAUCGAGAGCUAUACGUCAAGCAAAAGAUGAAAGGACAUUCCAUAUUUUCUACCAAUUAUUAUGUGGAGCAACUACUGAACAAAAAUCCGAAUUUAUACUCGAGGAUCCUAAAACUUAUAGUUUCCUUACAAAUGGUAAUCUCCGUGUACCUGGUGUAGAUGAUGCUGCUGAGUUUAGAGAAACUGUUAAUGCUAUGAAUAUUAUGGGAAUGACAACAGAAGAUUACUCUGCUAUUUUCCGAAUUGUGAGUGCUGUCAUGUUGUUUGGAAACAUGCAGUUUAAACAAGAGCGCAAUAGUGAUCAAGCCACAUUACCUGAUAAUACAGUAGCACAAAAAGUAGCUCAUCUAUUAGGAUUGUCUAUAACUGAAAUGACUAAAGCCUUCCUUAGACCCCGUAUCAAAGUAGGUAGAGACUAUGUGUCCAAAGCCCAGACCAAAGAACAAGUGGAAUUUGCUGUAGAAGCUAUUUCUAAAGCAUGUUAUGAACGUAUGUUCCGUUGGCUAGUUAACCGAAUUAAUCGAUCUCUGGAUAGAUCUAAAAGACAAGGGGCAUCAUUCAUUGGAAUCUUGGAUAUGGCUGGAUUUGAAAUAUUUGAAUUGAACUCAUUUGAACAACUGUGUAUAAAUUACACAAAUGAAAAACUGCAACAGCUAUUCAACCAUACCAUGUUUAUUUUAGAACAAGAAGAAUAUCAAAGAGAAGGUAUUGAAUGGAAAUUCAUUGAUUUCGGAUUGGAUUUGCAACCCACUAUUGAUUUAAUUGACAAACCUAUGGGUGUUAUGGCCUUAUUAGAUGAAGAAUGUUGGUUCCCAAAAGCUACUGAUAAAUCAUUUGUAGAAAAACUAAUGUCUGCCCAAAGUGUUCAUCCCAAAUUCCAUAAAACAGACUUUAGAGGUGUUGCUGAUUUCUCAAUAAUCCACUACGCUGGAAAAGUUGAUUAUUCUGCACAUAAGUGGCUUAUGAAGAACAUGGACCCAUUGAAUGAAAACAUUGUUCAACUCCUUCAAUCAUCUCAAGAUCCGUUUGUAGCUCAUAUCUGGAAAGAUGCAGAAAUUGUUGGCAUAGCUCAUCAAGCUCUCACUGAUACACAGUUUGGAGCACGAACAAGAAAAGGAAUGUUCCGUACAGUGUCACAAUUAUAUAAAGAACAAUUGAACAAGUUGAUGAUCACUUUGAGAAACACUAAUCCUAAUUUUGUAAGAUGUAUCAUUCCAAAUCAUGAGAAAAGAGCUGGUAAAAUUGAUGCCCAACUUGUGCUAGAUCAACUGAGAUGCAAUGGAGUUUUGGAAGGAAUUAGGAUUUGUAGACAGGGUUUCCCCAAUCGUAUUCCAUUCCAAGAGUUCAGACAACGAUAUGAGCUUCUUACAUCAAAUGCCAUACCCAAAGGUUUCAUGGACGGUAAAAAGGCUUGUGAAAAAAUGAUUAAAGCUCUUGAACUUGAUACAAAUCUUUAUCGCGUCGGUCAGUCCAAAAUAUUCUUCAGAGCAGGUGUUCUUGCCCAUUUAGAAGAAGAACGAGAUUUCAAAAUUUCCGACCUCAUUGUUAACUUCCAAGCUUUCUGCAGAGGGUACUUAGCAAGAAGAAAUUAUCAAAAACGUCUACAACAAUUAAAUGCCAUUCGUAUCAUUCAGCGCAAUUGUUCAGCAUAUUUAAAACUGAGAAACUGGCAAUGGUGGCGAUUAUAUACUAAAGUUAAACCACUUUUAGAAGUUACCAAACAAGAAGAAGUAUUGUCUAUUAAAGAAGAAGAAUUGAAGGUAGUCAAGGAAAAAUUAGAUUCUCAACUGCGUGGUGUUCUUGAUCUUGAGAAGAAAUACCAAACAGCAGUGGAUGAGAAAAAUGCUUUAGCUGAACAAUUGCAAGCAGAAGUUGAAUUAUGUGCUGAAGCUGAAGAAAUGAGAGCUAGACUUGCUGCCAGAAAAUUAGAACUAGAAGAAAUAUUACACGAUUUAGAAGCUAGAAUUGAAGAAGAAGAAGAGAGAUCUAGUUCACUAGCUCAAGAUAAAAAGAAGUUACAAAUAAACAUAAAUGAUUUAGAAGAACAAUUAGAAGAAGAAGAGGGUGCUCGACAGAAACUUCAAUUAGAACGUGUACAGACAGACGCUAAACUUAAGAAAUUAGAAGAAGAUCUUGCACUUGCUGAAGAUACCAAUGCGAAACAAGUCAAAGAGAAAAAGGUGUUGGAAGAAAGAGCUGCAGAUUUGGCACAAACAUUAGCUGAAGAAGAAGAAAAAGCUAAACAUCUAGCUAAACUAAAAGCAAAACAUGAAGCAUCCAUUGCAGAGUUAGAAGAACGUUUAUUAAAAGAUAAUCAACAAAGACAGGAGAUGGACCGUACUAAGCGUAAGGUUGAGACUGAGGUAAAUGAUUUAAAAGAACAACUAAAUGAAAAGAAAGCUCAAGUAGAAGACUUACAAUUACAACUUGGUAAACGAGAAGAAGAAUUGACACAAGCAUUCAUGAGAAUUGAUGAAGAAGCUGCUAGUAAAGCACAAUCUCAAAAGGCUCUCAGGGAAUUGGAAUCACAACUUGGGGAACUCCAAGAAGAUCUUGAAGCUGAACGUACAGCUAGAAGUAAAGCAGAGAAACAAAAACGUGACCUUAAUGAAGAACUUGAAGCUUUAAAACAUGAGCUCUUGGAUUCUUUAGACAUAACUGCAGCACAACACGAACUUAGAGCUAAACGAGAACAGGAAUUGGCAACCCUAAAGAAAUCAUUAGAAGAAGAUACACAAUCGCACGAAAUCAUUAUUACCGAAAUGCGACACAAACACAGCCAAGAAAUAUCCGUUAUAAAUGAACAAAUAGAAUCCUUGAAAAAAUCUAAAAGUCAAUUGGAAAAAUCCAAGCAAACCCUUGAAGCUGAAAAUGCUGAUCUCGCUGCUGAACUUAAGUCUUCCGUAUCUUCUAAGUCCGAAUUAGAAAGGAAACGUAAAAUUACUGAAUCUCAACUUAGUGAGAUACAAAGUAAAUUUGCUGAAUCUGAACGUUCGAAAAAUGAAUUAAUUGAUAGACUUUCAAAACUUAGCAAUGAAUCUGAAUCCAUUGUCAAUCAGUUGGAAGCGGCUGAACUUAAAGCUUCUGCUGCUGAAAAAUCAGCUCAGACAAUGGAAACUCAGUUGCAAGAAACGCAGACACUUCUGGAAGAAGAAACCAAAUUUAAAUUGUCAUUGAACUCAAAACUGAAACAAAUUGAAAGUGAAAAAGAAAUUUUACAAGAACAGUUGGAAGAAGAAGAAGAGUCCAAGAAAAACAUGGAAAAACAAAUAGUUGCUCUUAAUUUACAUAUAACUGAAAUAAGGAAAAAAAUGGAAGAUGACGCUGAAUCAACUGCUGCAAUGGAAGCUGCUUAUAAGAAAACCUUUAAGGAUGUGGAAUUGUUACAACGACAAAUUGAAGAAUUGCAAGCAACAAAUGAUAAAUUGGAAAAGUCUAAGAAGAAACUUCAAUCAGAACUGGAUGAUAUUAAUAUUGAUUUAGAAGCUCAGCGUUCCAAGGUUAUCGAACUUGAAAAGAAACAAAGAAUCUUUGAUAAAACCCUUGCCGAAGAAAAGGCGGUUUCUGAGCAAAUGGCUAUUGAACGUGAUACUGCGGAGCGAGAAGCUCGUGAAAAGGAAACACGUGUGCUUUCUUUAACCAGAGAGCUUGAUGAAAUGAUGGUGAAAGUUGAAGAAUUAGAAAGAGGAAAGAGAACACUUCAAAAUGAGUUGGAUGAAUUGAUAAAUAGUCAAGGAACAGCUGACAAAAAUGUUCAUGAAUUGGAAAAAGCUAAAAGAAUAUUAGAAUCACAAUUGGCUGAAAUACGUGUACAAAAUGAAGAUUUGGAAGAUGAACUCCAAAUAACUGAAGAUGCUAAAUUGAGACUUGAAGUGAACAUGCAAGCAUUGAGAGCUCAAUUUGAACGUGAUCUUGUUGCCAAAGAAGAGCAGAGUGAAGAAAAACGAAGAGGACUUCUGAAGCAAAUUCGUGACAUUGAAGCUGAACUGGAAGAUGAACGUAAACAAAGAUCUACUGCAAUGGCUGGUCGCAAGAAAAUCGAAGCCGAUUACAAAGAUCUAGAACAACAAUUAGACAUGCACAACAAAUUAAAGGAAGAUGCUUUGAAACAACUUAAAAAAUUACAAGUUCAAUUGAAGGAUGCUACCCGUGACGCUGAAGAGGCUAGAGCUUCUCGCGAUGAGCUUUCGGCAACGUCUAAAGAAACUGAGCGUAAAUUGAAAUCCGUUGAAGCUGAAUUAUUGUUGUUGACAGAAGAGUUGUCUGCAUCUGAAAGAGCUAGACGUGUUGCAGAAAGUGAACGUGAUGAUCUGCACGAAGAAAUUAAUAGCAAUUCCAACAAAGGCAGUACAUUAAUGGUUGAUGAAAAGCGUCGCCUGGAAGCGAGAAUUUCUACAUUGGAAGAGGAAUUAGAAGAAGAACAGACCAUGUCAGAAGCUUUGAACGAACGAAUUAGAAAAGCUCUAAUUCAGAUUGAACAGAUGAAUUCAGAUUUGGCAAAUGAACGAGCGACAACACAAAAAUUAGAGACAAACAAAAUGUUAUUUGAAAGACAAAACAAAGAACUAAAGGCUAAAUUGGCAGAGAUUGAAACCAAUCAACGAGUAAAAACUAAAACUGCUAUUUCAAAUUUGGAAUCUAAGAUUGCCAAUCUCGACGAACAACUGGAAACUGAAGCCAAGGAAAGACAAUUGCAACAAAAAGCUAACCGUAAAUUAGAAAAGAAAAUGAAAGAAGUUGUGAUGCAAUUAGAAGAUGAGAGAAGAACAAUUGAACAGUACAAGGAACAAGUAGAAAAGAGCAAUGCUAGAGUUAAAUCUCUAAAAAGGCAAAUUGAAGAAGCAGAAGAAGAAAUCAGCAGAGAGAAACACCAGAAACGAAAAAUUCAGCGUGAUCUUGAUGAACUUUUGGAAUCCAAUGAAUCAAUAUCCCGGGAGAACAAUAAUUUGAGAAGCAAACUCAGGCGAACUGGAGUGACCACGACAUCCAGAAUAGGCGCUACCGGUAGUAAACGAGGCUCCACAAUUGAUGAUUUAUCGACAGUCCACGGAAGUUCUCUAGAUGAUUCGCUGGAGUCGAACAAUGGAUCGAACGAUACAAAUUCUCUUGGUCCGUGAAAACGAAAAAAUACAAGGCUCAACAAAAGAAACCGAAUUUUUUUAAACUUUUAGUUUUAACCAGAAACAUUUCCUCCCCCUCGAAAAUUCCCUCAAUAAAUUAUUGUAUUGUACUAAAAUUUGAUAUGUACUUUAAAAAUUUGAUUUAUCGCGAAAUAAAAAUGGUUUUUUCGGACAUUUUGAGAAAUAUUCUGGAAAGCGUUAAGUAUUACAACAACCAUUGCUUUUCCAAGAACGUAAAACUGUUAUUAUUUAUUAUUUAUUUAUAAUUAUUCUAUGUUUUUUUUUUUAAAUUUUUUGUGUUUGUACAAAAUAAUUU